CUCUCUCUCUCUCUCUCUCUCUCUCUCUCUCUCUCAUCUCUGUGUAGUGGAGUUUGAAGCUUGGAUUUGCAUAUGUUUUAAGAAAUGACAGAUCGUAUGGAAAAACUUGCACUUAUUCCAUUCUCAUUGAGCUGUAAUUCUGACUUAAGUGUUGCAGUUGGCACCACCCAAUUACCUGAGAAGAAAUAUGCAGACCAAACUACAGACACAAGUUUGGUCGUACCAGGACAAAAGGAGGGAGAGGGAAAGCCUUCGAGAGAGAAAUCAAUGAAGAAAAGCAGGGGAUUCUUGGCUCUUCCAAAACCACUUCUUUCGAAGGGCAUACAUAGAUUGGUGAAGCAUCUAAAAAGUUUUUCUCAGAUGUUUGGUAAGUACAUGAAUUAACUGAAAGAAUUUACAUCUGUUAUAUAC